UCCUUCCCCGGGCUGGCGCUCCUUCCCGCGGCCUGGCGGUGGUGUGCAUGCGGCUGGGCGGGAGGGGGAGAGGCAGAGCCCAGCUUGCUCGCUGCUCUACCACCGCCUGACAAUGGGGCUGCACUAAGCCGCCGUGGUGCUGGUGGGAGCAGCAGCGGGGAAAGCAGCAACAGCCGCCGCCAGCUUCCUGCUGUGACCCGCUCUUCCUCCUCCUCCCUCAGCGAUGCCGAACCAGAAGAGCAACAAGGGCAAGAAGAACAAGCGCGCCAACAGCAGCGGGGACGAGCAAGAAAAUGGAACCCUGGCAGGAGCAGCAGCGGCGGCGGUGGUGGCGGGGGCAGCAGCGGGCACCGGAGGAGCCCUGGGCGCGGUGGCCGCUGCGGGAGGGAGCGGGCCCACAGCAGCUGCAGGAGGCGCUGGAAGUGCGGGCGGAGCAGCGGCUGCGACGGGCUCGGCUUCGGCCGACGCCAGGAACGAAGCACCAUGUGCUACACCGUUGAUAUGUAGCUUUGGACGGCCUGUUGACCUAGAAAAAGAUGACUAUCAGAAAGUGGUAUGCAACAAUGAACAUUGUCCCUACAGCACUUGGAUGCAUCUGCAGUGUUUUUAUGAGUGGGAGAGCAGCAUUUUGGCCCAGUUUAACUGCAUUGGGAGAGCAAGAAGUUGGAACGAGAAACAGUGCAGACAAAACAUGUGGACCAAGAAGGGUUAUGAUCUGGCCUUUCGUUUCUGCUCCUGCCGGUGUGGACAAGGCCAUUUAAAGAAAGACACUGAUUGGUAUCAAGUAAAACGAAUGCAAGAUGAGAAGAAGAAAAAGUCUGUGUCUGAAAAGAGUACAGGGAGAUCUGCAUCAGAGUCCACAGAAGAUGUUAAAAAGUGCAGACCUGCAAACAAGCCACAAAAAGGUUUAAAUCAUGAUAUCCAGCGACGGCAUUCAAUGGAUAGACAGAACUCCCAAGAGAAAAGCACUUCUAGUGGUAGCUAUGCAGUACGUUCCCCCUGUGGUUCUCCUGGUCAAUCCCCUCCAGCUGGUUACUCCGUUCUUGCCCCCACACAUUUCAGUGGGCCCCGUUCUUCACGAUAUUUAGGAGAAUUUUUGAAGAAUGCCAUUCACCUAGAACCCCAUAGGAAGAAUAUAGCCAAUAGUGGCAUGUUUAGAAAUGCUCACUUUGAUUAUGGGACAUCUGGGCUACAAGCACAUCGGUCAGGACAUUUUGAUGCCCCUGUACAAUUUUUGAGGAGGCUUGAUCUGUCUGAACUCCUUGCUCAUAUACCACGACAUAAAUUGAACACUUUCCAUGUUCGGAUGGAAGAUGAUGCCCAAGUGGGUCAAGGAGAAGAUCUGCGGAAAUUCAUCCUUGCAGCCCUCAGUGCCAGUCAUCGAAAUGUUGUCAACUGUGCAUUAUGUCACAGGGCACUGCCAGUAUUUGAACAGUUUCCAUUGGUGGAUGGAACCCUGUUUCUUAGCCCUUCUCGACAUGAUGAAAUUGAAUAUGAUGUUCCCUGUCACCUUCAAGGAAGGCUUAUGCACCUCUAUGCAGUUUGUGUAGACUGUUUAGAAGGGGUUCACAAAAUUAUCUGCAUAAAGUGCAAGUCCCGAUGGGAUGGAAGCUGGCAUCAACUAGGCACCAUGUACACUUACGAUAUAUUAGCCGCUUCUCCCUGUUGUCAGGCACGACUGAACUGUAAACACUGUGGGAAACCUGUUAUAGAUGUACGUAUUGGGAUGCAGUAUUUCUCAGAAUACAGCAAUGUUCAACAGUGUCCGCACUGUGGAAACUUGGACUACCAUUUUGUGAAGCCAUUCUCGUCGUUUAAAGUAUUGGAGGCUUAUUGACAAAAGCUUUGCCAUAGUAAUAGCUAUUUUAUGAGUAUUGUUUCUUUAUUUUACAUAUCUUUUAUAAGGUCUGUUCUGUGAUGGGAGGGAAAAAAACCUAAUUUCUAAUUGAAAGGAAGUUCAGCAGCUUUGUGUGUUUGUGUACAUGUGUUCCUAUGUAGAUGCGUGUCAUUAAGACCAUGGUCAUCUUGCCACAUCUUGCACAGUUUCAGUGAAGGCAGGGGUUGAGGCAGCCAACAUUUGCCCAAACAACAAAGAAAAUGUCAUUCUGUCUUUGUUAAAACAUUAUUUAGGACAGAGAAGGAGAUGCUAUGGAGAGGCAGUGGACAAACUAAUAUCUGGUUUGAAAUAGAAAAUGUCAUGAAGAGAGGAGAAACAUUCAUAAAUGGCUCGGAACAGUUGGAUGGGACCUCUUGUGGCUGCCUGUCCAGGUAGAUGGUGUCUCAGUUGAAUGUGGUGAUUGGAUCCCCACUGAAGAGCAUUCACUGUUUAUGUUUGCCCUUGAUCCACAAAAGCUGAUUCUACAUUUUAGCAUAGUGUGGGGUUAAUGAGGGGAUAUGAUGUUCUAAAGGAUGUAACCUGGGGUAUUUUUCCAUUGUUUGAUCUACAAGCUGGUCUUACAGUUCAUGCUGAGAACCUUUUUGUUCAUUCAGACUUGCAGCUCUUGGAUGAGGUCGGUGAUCAGACUGGGUAGUUAUGGUUCCACCUGUUCCAUGGCAUUGCUGUUUUUCAGCAAACCUCUGGUGGCCUCCCUUGUAUGAUAAAACCCCAAGUUGUUACUCGAUAAUGAAUUUGCCAUUAUCACCACCCUGGGAGCAAAAUCAGGCCUUGGUAGUAGCAGAUAUAUGAGAGUCUGUUGAGGUAAACCUAACCAUUAUGACAAAUGAAUGUAAUGCUGUGUCAGAAAAUGCACUGUUUGUUUUUCUAAAAAAAACACCCUUAUUUUUGCAUAGCGUCUUCCUGGAAUAUAUAUUUGAUAAUCAAAGCUAUCCUCACUGACAGAUCAUACUGUUUCCACUAACAUUUUAAUUCUAGCAAGGAAGUUGCUUCCACCAAAACAAGCUUGAGAACUUCAGAUAUGUAAUUUCAGAUGCUUUGUAGGUGCUGUUGAAGCUCAGAAGGACCACGGAGCUCAUUUCAGACUGGCUGUCAAGGGGUGCCUGAAUUGGAGAACGUCUUUUGCUUCCUUUUGUGUUUGGGUGACCCUUGUCUCUCGCUGCAGUAAGUGAUGGGCAAAGCAAAUGAUCAUCUUUGAAGUGGCUCCCUGGACUGAAUAGAUUUACUUGUUUGGAAUGCCACUGUGUAUUUUACAAAAUGGGGAGAUGAUUUCUUUAUCACAUGUGAGUACUAGGCCAGGGAACAAACCUUUUAAAGAACAAAACUUACUUAAAUUGUAUUUCUUUAAUGGCUAGCUGGCCACAAACUGCUUCACACUUAAAACAGCCCUCUACCCGCUUUAUGUUUACUGCAGGCAGAAGUUUUUCAACUAAUGAUACAAUCCUUUUAUCUUUCUCAAAUAUUAACAUCUGAAUUAGUUUCUGCAAAGAAAUAUCUGAUUUAUAAAAUGCAAACUGCCCUGAAGAUUUCUUUAUCAAAUCCUUCCAAAAACAACAGAACAAAAGAAUUUGUUUCAAAGUCUUAAUUUGACCAUCCCCACAUUUACAUUUUCUACUCAAAUAAGGAAUACCUGCGUAACAGCCCUUCGUGACCAUUGAAGGAAAGGUGUUUAACCUAGUCAGCAAAAAACACCCUUCAGUAUUGAGGCACCAUUAGUAACAAAAGAUAUCUUUGGCUCAUUCUGCAUGGGCCAAAAACAGCGGUGUGAAAAUGGUGUGAAAACGGUGUAAAAGGGUUUAAAACGGUGUAAAAGGGUUUAUACUGUUUUCACACCGCUUACACACCACUGUUUUUGGCCCAUGCAGAAUCAGCCUUAGAUUAGGAAUCAAGGAGUUUUAAGCCAAGAUCAGCCGCGGAACAACACACAACAUCCUCUCUCCAUGUACUUCUAAAAGCAGAGAAUGUUACAACUGACUUUAUUACUUUUAUUUCAUAUGCAUUAUUUGGAUUAAAACCCAACAACUGCAUCGUAUUUACAAUGACCUUUUCCCCAGGAAGACUUUUUUCUAAUAAAGCUUAACAGCCCUCAUGAGCCAUAAUCAUUUUUCGAUGUAGCAAAAACUAUCUUUGCUGUGUUAAAGUUUCUAGAGAUUUCUGAUAGAGGUCUUGAUAAGCUCCUGAUUUCUGAUAAGUUCUACCCCAGAAACACAUUUUGACAUGCCAGAUAUUAUGCAGAGAAAUUGUAUUAAUAGUUGGUCAAUAGAUUCAUCUACCAAAUCAAUCAAAACCCCAGUAUCAUAUAGAAUUUGGGGAAUUAUUUUAGCAUAAACACUUUCAUUGCUCCAGGCAUAAAAUUUCUACCCUGAGUAAUGAAGAAGCAAAUUAAGGCAUUGCUGAAUACUUUGUGUUUGAUAUUUUUCAAGUGUAAUUUCCAUCUUAAAUUUGCUUGAAAUGUGAUGCCUUACAUAAUUGAAACUUGUAGCUGGAACUUUCAUCAUAAUGUCUACCUGGGAGGUGUCAGCUGUUCAAGAAUAGUGCAAAAAUUCCCCAAACGCUUGCUGAGUCAAACAAACCUGUCACCUUUGUGUGGACCCAUUCAUAAAUUGGCCUAAUAGAUUUAGUGCAGAUUAAAGUUAUGGUCUGAGAUCCAUGGAGUUGUUUACGUUUUUGGAAGACAUUUUAGGAAUUCCUGGUGGUGUUUACAUUUUUGGAAGACUUCUAAAUCCAGGUGGAUUUGCAAAACUCUUUUUCUCUGAAUGCCACAUUACAUCCUACUUUUGAAAUUCCUGUGGCUUUCAAAGCAGUUUGCUGUGAAGGAUGAUAGAUGUGGGAAGGACUGCAUUUUGGAGUAAAAGGUUUAGAAUUCUUCUUGGUCUUAUCAAAGUAGGGAUAUGUAUGGUGUGUAUGGUUGUUUUUAUGUGUGCAUAUGUGUAUCUAGGUAAUCUCAAGAAAGUUAUUUUAAAACAGUUGGUUCCUCCUUUCCUAUAUCUGUUUUAAAAUGACACUUUUUACUUUUGUAAAUCAUCACAGUUAACAUAUUGUUGAAGCCUUUCACAGCUGGAACCAACUGGCUGUUCUGGGUUUUCCGUGUGGCUGUAGUCUGAUAGUUUUUGCUAUAGAUGUGAGCAAAACGUAAGUUGCAAAAACUACCAGACCGUGGCCACACAGCCCAGAAAACCCAUAACAUCCAUCACAUUUAAUUUGGAGUUAGUAGACUAAAAAUGAUUGAACAAAUUGAUUUUUUUGCUCCCAAGUAAUUUAAGAUGUUUUUGGUUGUUACUCCUUUCUUAUAUAGUUUCCUUAUCCAUAUUUAUAUGCAUGAAACUGCGAUAAAACUAGAGGGGGCAAUACCAUACUAUCUAGGUGGACCUAAAUUAUUCCAGCACAAUUCCUUGGUGUUAGGUGAUGAGAGGCCUGCUUAGAGAGUGAUGGGGGGGGGGGGGGGACAGCCAUUAAGGUGACUCUGAGUGGAAUUAUUAAAAUUAUUUUCUACAGACCAGAAUAUGACACUGGCCACAAUCCAAUGUACUUGCACUUAAGCCAUGUUGAAAUUAAUAGGUUUAAUUGUUCCUAGCUCUCAUGCCCACUGCAUAGAGAAUACUCCAUUGUACUUAUUGCGAGUAGAAAUAUAAAAUGAGUUGUACUUUCACAAAAGAAUGCAAAAAACAACAAUGCAAAACUCAUAAAGCACCCAAGUUUAAUGUUACAAAGUCCUGUCCCUGCAAGAUCUUUAACUGCUUGUUAAGCUUACAAAGCACCAUGUGUUUGCAAUAAAAAUACAGCUGCUUAGAAUUUUAUCUUCUAAAAUACUAUUUUAAAAUGUUAAAAACAGGUCACCUGUACUCUUAGCAACUAUAUAUUUAGUUGUGUUCAGCUAAACUAGAUAUUUAUGCAAAAGCAUUUUCAGGUUCCCCUGAUCUUCUAAUUUGCCUACUGCUCACAAUUAGGCAUUGUGCAUGAAUUUCAAAUCAUGUUGCUCUCAUGUUUUUACAUAGGCGGAGUGAAGUCCUAGAUCCAUACUUUUCACUGCUUGUAGUUUGCAGUUCCUUCUGGGUUUGCGUCUCUUUUAUUAAGGUGCUAUUUUUAAGCCCUUGUGCGUUUUUUUAGUUUAAGUUCACGAAUAUUUAUGGUGCUUGCUUUAUCCCAUGUGCUGCGGAUGCUCCUGCCCUUUUCUGCUGCUAGUACAUUCAAAGCUCUGGUAAGCAACCAUAUUUUGGGGAAUGCCAUAUGGGAACUGGUGGCCAAACUUGCCCUAUCGUACUUCAAAAGCAGGCCUUGGGAGUAUGAUAGGGCAUUUUGGAGUUGGCACCAGGCUUAGGUGUAGGGCCUCUAGAAGCUAAGCCUUACUUUAAAAUAAUCUGAACUCUAAACAGAGUCACACUCUUGUAAGUCUGUGGGGCUGAAAAGGGUAUAAGAAUAGCACUGUUAAUCAAGAUAGCAUUCAGCUUCUAAAGCUACAAAUAUCAGUGGUGAGGGAGAUUCAGGCCAGGGUUAAGGUAUUAGUGCCAGAGUUUAUUCUGCCUCUAUUAAAAGACAUAUUACGAUUAUGGCCUAGAAGUCAAAGUUUGACAGGGUUGAAGAAAGUGGAGCUCUAUAUGUGCCCGGAGCUGCCACUUUAUAACCUUUGGAUUAGGGUGUUCCUAUAAUAGCCAAGAUCUGUCUGCGUAAUUAUGUUGGUAUGUCUGUGUAGCAAAAUAGUAUAGGCAGAAUGACUUCCAGUGAUUCUUAAAGGUUUCAUUUUAAAAUGAUAGAGACCUAAUCAAGAGUACUAUACAACAAGGCAUAUUAACGUAUUUCCACACAAAAAAAUAUAUACGGGCUUUGUGUACAACAGAUAUGAAAAUAACAUUGCACCUAAAGUAUUUCAUUAUUUUGUAAAGAAAAAAAUAUAUACAGUUGCUUGAAUCCAUUUUUCAUUCUAUUGAUUUAAAAAACAUGUAGCGUUCUAUUAUCAUCCAGAUAUAUAUUUUUUACUUUGAAAUUAGCUGAGCUGGAAAACAUAGAUGAGUCUCCAAAGAAGAUCACCCACAAUCUGUACCUAGUUAAAUUCAACUGGUUUUCAAAUUAUAUUGCUUCAUAUAAUACUUAAGCAGGGAUGUCCAGCUAGUAGCCCGUAAACUGCAUCCAGAUUGAGCAUCUGGUGUGAUGGUAGUGUGUCAUUUCUAUCUCCAUUCAACAUUUAAUUUCUGAUGAAAAAGAGACCUGUCAGCUGAGGAGCAUGUCUUUUGCAUAUUGCCUUUGACCUUAGCAAUGCUGUGUCCUGCAUUUUUGUGCAGAAAGCAAUGUUCCUAAGAUGAAAAAGAGAACACAACAGAGUUGUAUCCUGCUUUUUCUUAGCAAGAUUUCUACCGGAAAAGCAGUCAUUCUGUAACUGUCCUAGGAUCAGAGGCCCGCUCCUUCCCCCUCCCUAACCCUGUCUUCAAAAUACCAACUUCAUCUGCAUUGGCAUUAUCCCAGAGCUGUAAUGACAUCAGUUCCACCCCCCAAAAUCUAAUAAUCUCUGGGCACUCCCUGGCUUGGGUUGAUUUAUAAUUUUCCAAGUGUGGGUAUGGUGACUGUACGUAGUUUUUUAGCCUGGAGGCAUGAUCUCAUUCUAGCCAAGCCACUUUGGAAUGGAUAUAGUUCAGGGGGAAGAUCCAGGUUAUCAUAACAUGGGCAGUACUGGUGCCUGAGCCAGAUCUCUAUUUCAGAAAUCUUUCUUCUCCCCUAUUUAUUCAUUUCAGUGUGCAAUAGAAAAAUAGCACCAGAACUUUCAAAUUCUCUCAUGUCCCUUUUUCUCCAGACACUGUGAUUCUUUUAUUCAUCAAGGGAUUUGUGGAGAAAUGUUUAAAGAUAAUAGGAUGACAGAAAAUUGAACUUUUGGUGCCCCCAUGUCUCCUAGCAAAAAGGAAUGGAUCCUAUCUGGCUGCUAAGAGGUAUAUUAAAAAGGUGAAUAAAUCUAUAAAUACAGUUCCUAGGGAGGAAAAUGUAAAGCAAAACAAUUAAGCACCAAGGAACUUAAAUUAAUGGACCACAGGCAGCUUGGUGUCCUCUAGGAUUGCAUUUUGUGGCCACAAUCCAACAUGGAGUUUAAAUGUUUUAAGAAUCUGUUUGGGACACUGGUCUAUUAGUAACUAGCAUCUAAAUGUGUGGGGUUUUGAGAGCAAGGUUUGAGGCAACGUGUGAUUCUGUCAGUGUGUUUUGUUGAUAGGAAGACAUGUACUAAAUUUAUUUUCAUUUAUCUCUGAUUUUAUUGUACGAGGUAUUCAAGGGCAAAGUGUUGUGAGGUUACAUUUGAAGCCUGCCCCACUACGUUUGUCAAAAAAGCCUUUUAUUAAAAAAAAGAAAGAAAAAAGUUUUGGAUUGCACUUUUGCAGAGGAGAGAAUAUGUACAUAACAAAUGAAUGUUGAUGAAAUUUAAAAUAAUUGGUUAUGAUGCCAUUUUUGUGUGGUGUUAAGUUUUUUGGUUGUGAUUUAUCUGUAUUAAAAUAAUUGAGAUCA